AUGUGGAAGAAUUUGAAAGAGAAACAUGCCAGCAAAUUUGGGUCGGCCGCCCCUGCGGCUCCAAAGAAUGACGGCAACCAAGACCUAACUACUAUAUUGAGUCGGUCCCAACGGGCCGACCUGACAAUGCUGGUUGCUGCGAUCCUGGAACAUAUGAGAGCCACAAUUGAGCAGAAUUUUCAUGGUUCACCGUCACAUAGUCUUGAGCCCUCUCCUGACCGCAAAGAAAGCGAUUCGGCUUUAAUAUCACAUGAUCAGCAAGGAGACCCGGCGGACCGAUCCGACUUUAAACCUACUGUGCAAGACCUGAAAGCCGAAGCCACCUCGCUCACAAGCUUUGAUGACUGGAGGGACUCGGUUAUCCUCCGAAUUGGUGAAGUUGUUAACAAAAGCGAUGGCGAUGAUAAUGAUGAUGACGAACAGCACGCCAGUACUAGCUCGCAAGCUUCUCAACAGCAAGCUCCAGUAGUGUCUGAAGAACAGGGCUCAUUGGAAAAGUUGCGUGAGGUCUAUCCUCCCGUGGAAACAGCACUCCUUCAGCUUCCAGAAGCUAAAAGACUCUUGAUUCUCCAUUCACUGCUUCUAUUGCUGCUCAGCUUAGAGCAUUAUAAUGCUCGCUCGCGAGUGUUGAUGCUUUACGUCGCAUCUAGUCUACACUUGGACGUAAAGAUCCUCAAUGGUGAUGAAGUCAAGGUUGCCCGUGUACUACUUGACACUGCCAUUGAGUUAACAAAGAAUGCGGAAGCACAGAAUCAUGGCAAGAAAGGCGACUCUUCGAGAAAGUGGAAGGUCGUUGCAGCUGGGCUUGGAACUGUCUUAGGGGGCAUUGGACUUGGUGCUACUGCAGCUGCAGGGUACCUGGGUGCUCUUGCAGGCAGUGGUGUCAUCGUUGGCGGUUUGUUCGGUGCUUAUGGAGGCCGAAUGACUGGGCGGAUGGUGGAUAAAUAUGCCCGUGAAGUGGAGGACUUCGCAUUUUUGCCUGUCCGUGGUUCUCGGCAGAGGCCUAGUGAUGAAAAGGAAGCCGCUAAGCAAGAUCAUCGACUACGAGUUACUAUUGGCAUCACCGGUUGGGUCACGGAGGAAGAUAAUUUUGUCGUUCCAUGGCGUGUCAUUGGCGCGGAUUCCGAGGUCUUUGGCCUCCGCUGGGAAACAGAGCCGUUAAUGAACCUUGGCAAUGCAAUGGAUCUCCUGGUAACAAGUGCUGCAUGGGCUGCCGGUGAGCAAGUUCUGAAGAAGACGUUCUUUGCAUCUCUCUUGAGUGCCGUUGUUCUGCCUCUCGGCCUGCUGAAGGUUGCCCGUGUAGCCGACAACCCUUUCAGUGUUGCAAAGGCUCGGGCUGACAAGGCUGGGGAGGUUCUUGCCGACGCGUUGAUCAACAAAGUACAGGGCGAGAGAUCAGUUACUCUUAUAGGAUACUCCUUAGGUUCGCGGGUGAUCUUCUCCUGUCUCCAGAGCUUGGCCAAACGCGGUGCAUACGGUCUCGUGGACUCUGCAAUCUUGAUGGGCUCAGCGACUCCUUCUAAUGCGCAACACUGGCGCCGUAUGCGAAGCGUAGUCAGCGGACGACUGGUCAAUGUUUACUCAGAGAACGAUGCUGUGCUUGCUCUAUUGUAUCGCACCAGCAGUCUUCAACUGGGUGUUGCGGGGCUACAACCUGUCCAAGGCGUAGCCGGUGUUGAGAACUUGGACGCCAGUGACAUCAUCAGUGGACAUUUGCGGUAUCAAUUUCUGGUCGGACAUAUCCUCGGCAAGAUCGGACUGGAGAGCAUUGAUGCCCGUGAAGUGGAACGCGAGGAGGUUGCACUGGCCGCCAAGGAUCAGAGACAGGAACAGGAACGGAUCCGAAAUGAGCGCCGAGCAGGUGUUCAAGGCAGUGACUCCGCACAGCAGAAGUUGGAGAGCGGCGAGCUGAAAGAUGAGGAAAAUCGCUUGCAGAAGCAGGUCGAAGAGAGGAAACUUGAGCGUCUGCCUUUGCGUCCCAAUGAGCAGGGACAUCAAGAUCUCCAUUCAGCUCAUGAUACGGAAAGGGAAUAUAAGAGCUGA